UUGAAAAAUGACCACGAGGUGGCGCCCGAUAGCUCCAGGCUGAAAUAUAAAUUGAGGAGGCGGAGGAUUCCUCUUUCUUUUCUGCAAGGGAGGUGAGUAGCAAGGAGAGAGGGAGGGAGGCUGGCUGCCUGGAUUUCGUUGGUCAACAGAGGCUGGGGGUCAAAUGGGAUCCGCAGGGGCAUUUGGGUCGGCUUUGUGCAGGUGGCCUGAUCCUAUUUGCUAGGCUGGGGGAGCCUAUAUAGGGCAGGUGCGGGGGAGCCACGUGGCGGUUCUGGAGGCCUGUGCGCCUUAACGAGCCUCCAUGUUUUCCAUCCUCGCUUUCCCCGCGCUGCCUCUCGCGUCUCCCGCUUGCUCCUCGGCUCGUCCUGCGCGCCAUAGCAGGGAUCAUAAGCCCCGCCGGAAUUCAGCCACCGAGCCUUCCUGUCUCCUCCUCCUCCUGGGUAAACAAGCAGCGGGGAAAGUUGUUUAAUGAGCAGAUCGGGGGUCCGCCGGUGGAUCUCUUUAUACACGUGUAUACAGAUUUUUUAUUAGUUUUCCAUUUAGUGAUACACAAUCAUAACAUUGUUAUCCACUUUAUCUUUCUGGCUCUUCAGAGCCCAUCGACUUCCUUCCCUCCCGCCUCAUGGCUUUCAAAGUCAACCUUUAUAUCAUUUCUUUUUAUACAUUUUCCAGUUCUAAUUUCACUCAUUACGAAAAGACAUUCAAGUUUUACUUAAAAUAAAAAGGGAGAAGGGGUUCUCAUUACAAGUCAUAAGUCAACCCUGCUAGUGAUGUUAAUUGCUUACAGUAAUCUUUCAAACAUUGUAUAAAUUUACUCCAGUCCUUUUGGAAUAAUUGAUCUCGCUGGUUUCAGAUUUUUCCUGCCGCCGGUGGAUCUCUAGGCUGCUUGGAAUAGACCACCAAGGAUUUGUGUUGUGGUUUUUUUACAGUUGUGACUUCCCCCGCCCUUCCUCUAAAACUGGGCUGCGGGAAGGAAGGAAGCCUGUGGGGUGGGAGGGAAAUGGGGAUGGAUUUUCAAUCUAUUAGAAUACAGUGGUACCUCUGGAUGCGAACGGGAUCCGUUUUGGAGCCCCGUUUGCAUCCUGAAGCGAACACAACCCGCUUCUGCGUGGGUCAAGAUCAUUCCAUUUUUUUACAGGGCUUUCAACAUAAGCUGCAGAAUGUGCUUCAUUUACCAUAGAUUCCACACGGACAAUUACGUGUCACUCCGUUAGGUGCUCUUGGGAAAGUUAAUGGUCAUAUACUGUAGCAUUGUAUUCAGUAACUUAUUUCACAACUGUUUUUUGUAGGUGUUGUAUGUCUACGUGUCAAAAUGCCAAAAAGAAAAUGUAAAUUUUCUGUCAAGCUACAGAAGAAGUAUACCUGUUUUAGAAGAGGUAGAGAUGAUUUUGAAGGUGAAUGCAUGAUAUGUAAACCAGGUACGUUUGUUUCUGUGGCAUGUAAAGGAGGACUCAACCUGCAAUCGCAUGUGGACUCCGAAAAACACAAAAGAGCAAUUCAGGGAGAAGCUUCUUUCUUAACAGACUUUUUCGUAACACCAGGUAGCAAUUUGGAAGAUGAAGUAACCGCAGCAGAGGGAACUUUCGCUUUUCACACUGUUAAGCACCACAACAAUUAUAACAUGAUGGUGUGUACAUCAGGCCCACUGAGGACCACGUUUCCAGAUUACGAUAUUGCAAGGAUAUUUUCAAGCGCAAAAACCAAGACUGAGGCACUUGUAAAUUCUGUCUUGGCACCCGAUUGUUUAGAAAAUGUUUUGAAAAGCAUUGAAGAAAAUGAAGUAGAUUUUUGCGGAGUUUCUACUGGAGGGAGUGACCAUGGUUCGGUAAAGGUGUUUCCGAUAGUUAUUCAAUAUUUUGACUGGAAAAGUGGUGGUUUGCAGUCCAAAAUAAUUGAAAUGCAAAGCCAACCCAACGAGAGUGCAGAUACAAUCUCAUCAUACGUGAAGGAAACUCUCGAUAGUAAAGGACUAUUAAAUAAAUGUAUAGCGUUCACAGGUGACAACUGCAACACAAUGUUUGGAGGGAUGCCAUGGGAUUCAGAAGGAAGAAAUGUGUUUGCAAAGUUGAAGAAUGAGCUAGAUAACAAAACUUUAAUUGGUGUGGGAUGUCCAGCACACAUUUUGAAUAACUGUGUACAGCAGGCAGCAGAAACGUUGGACGUUGAUGUUGAGGGCAUCCUUUUCAGGAUAUACCAGUACUUUCAUAUCUAUAGAGUCCGAACAGAGCAGUUAAAGGAGUACUGUGAAUUUGUGGACAUUGAAUACAAACAGCUGCUAUCGCAUAGCAAAACAAGGUGGUUGUCCUUAUUUCCAAGCAUCACUAGACUCGUUCACCUGUUUCCAGCUGUCAAGGCGUUUUUCCUCUCGCAGAAUAAACCACCAACAGUGUUAAAAAACUUUUUUGAACAUGAGUUCAGUGAGGUUUAUUUAUUGCACUUGCAGUCUCUCAUGAGUAUCUUUCACUCAAAUAUUUUGGAACUCGAAAGGGAAAAUAAUUCAGUUGUAGAGGUUCUGAAAGUUCUGCUUUGUGUUCAUAACAUGCUUACUGAACGUAAGAGCAACAACUUUAUGUGUCUCAAAGUUAAGAGCCUCCUAGCAGAAAAGCGUAAGCAUGGUCUUAGUGCGGAGUGUGACAAAUUCUGUGCAGAAGUAAAUAGCUUAUACGGCAGCUGCAUAGAAUAUCUGGAAAAAUGGAUGGAGCCCAUGAAGGAGUUUUCGUGCUUCAUGUGGAUGUCUCUUAGUGAGUCACUAGAGUGGGACAAGGUAGAAUCUUCCAUGAAAUUUCUCCUGGACAGGCAUGUGUCCAUAGAUUAUGGGAAAUGCUUUGAUCAAUUCUUCAACCUUAGGAAGUUUGUAAAUCGAUACAAAGGUGAUGAGGAGUUCAUUAAUCUACAGGCGCAUCAGAAAUGGGCCAAAUACUUUGAGACUUCCGAAAACAUGUGCCAGUCAGAACUUCUGAAAAUUGCACAGGUUUUUUUUGCUAUUGCACCACAUAAUGCGAAUGUGGAACGCAUCUUCUCUCUGAUGCAAAGUCAGUGGAGCAAAGAAAGAGGCAACUUACCCUUUGAAUCACUGCGAAGUAUAUUGCUAGUACAAUAUAAUUAUAAGCACUUUACUUGCAAGGAAUUUCAUGCCUAUCUCUUAAGCAAUAAGCAGUUGUUGAACAGGAUCAGAUCUACAGAGAAAUAUGCUUAGGCCAGACAGUGUCAGAAAGAAGAACAAAGUGCAUCUGAAAGUGACGGAAAGGUAUUGGUUUAUAUUUGUACCGAUACACGAGUUUAAAUUGUGUUAUUAUUUUGUUGUUGAAAGUUAAGAGCGUUGCUACUAGCAAUAUAUCACAGCUUCUAUAGCCUACAUAUAAUAGGGGUAUUUAAAAUUAGAGCUGUCAUAGUGAUCCAUAGUUAAAAGUAGAAGUCUGCAAAUGUGUCCCCUUUUUUGUUCUUCAAAAUAUGACAACCCUACUUUAUUAAUACUUCACGUUAUCAGAACACUGCUUUCAAGCAUUUCACAUGGUGCAUCUAGCUAUAAAGAUAUGGGGAACCUCUAGCCCUCUAGAUCUUGCUGAACUUCAACUCCCAUCAGCACCAGCAAGCGUGACUAGGGAUUAUAGGAGUUGUAGUUCUGGAGAGCCACCUGUUUCUACUUUUUGUUAGGACUGCAUCUCCCAUCAGGCCCGAGGCCAAUAUUGUCAUAGAUGAUAGGAGUUGCAAAGCCGCAUUGGCUACUCUUGAUCUCUUCCUAUGGCUUAUAAAGAGGGGGUUUUGCUUACUGCUUAACUGUGUAGCUGCUACAAUGGUGGUGGGGGUUCCCCUCAGUACAGCUCCUCCUUUUCUUGGCAGGCCCGGGUCCCCCAGUGCCCGGCUCUGUAAUGUCCGGAGGUACAGGAAUGCCCACCCAGUGUUCUGUCUUCGGUGCCAGCAGCUUUGCCAUCUGCUGGUUCUAUCCUCAAGCACUGGGACAGAAGACAUGUUGGAUCUACCACAGCCAUUUCCAACAUGGUGCCCAUUCAGACGAGGGAUGACUACAACCCCUUCUCAGCCCUGGCCUUUGGCCAUCCUGGUUAGAGCCGGUGGAAAUUGGGGGGGGGGCACCUGUGGAACAGCUAGAGCAGGCAUAGGCAAACUCUGCCCUCCAAAUGUUUUGUGACUACAACUCCCAUCAUCCCUAGCUAACAGGACCAGUGGUCAGGGAUGAUGGGAAUUGUAGUCCCAAAAAACAUCUGCAGGGCCGAGUUUACCUAUGCCUGAUCUAGAGCCUGUAGAGAGAGGGCCGUUUUGUGUGUGGGGAGAAACCCUUAAGCAUAUUUUCUCCUUUUUCUCCACAGGGCUUUUUAAGACUUCUGCGGAGAUCUGGAACUGAAGGCGCAAGACUAUUCAAGCUGCUAAAGGCUACUGUAGAAGGGGGCAAUGGUGCCCACGGGUCUUAAAGGCUGGGCCCCAGAAUCUGGAGAGGAGGUUCAGCAGGCCAGGUGCCAGCACGCAGCCCUACUGGGCACUGACUAUAGGCCCCAGGAAUUAGAAGAGUCCCUAGUUCCCUAAUUGGCUUGACCUGCUGUGCUGUUUCUCAGAGCCUGGAAGUGGCAGAGAAGCCCUCGGUGCUGAUGGUGCCAAAAAUACGAGAGGGAAGAGGGAUGUGGUGAAGCUGCUGCCACAAAGGGAAAGGCGCAGACCCAGUGGGGUGGGGUGUCCAGUUACAGGGAGGUGGAUAUUUGCAGUAGGGGCAGCAGCUAGUCUGCUGAGGGCCCCUGGGAAUCCGGGUUCAAAUGAUGCUGGAUAUAAAUACAAUUGUGUAGCUGGCUUUAUCCUGGCAUAGGUUUUACACCGCAGCCAAAAUCUGAUUCAAGCAUUAAUGUUGAACUCCUUGAUUUUUCGUGCACAAAACUGGGCUUUGAUGGGAUGCUGCCACUAGCCUUUCAGCUAGCGCUGUAGAUUAUAGGUUACCUUGUUAGUGGCUCGCCUGGCACCCUCACUGUAUUCUUCAGUGGCAAGUAUUGCCACCUUAAAAGUUCACCCAGGACUUGUAAUUGUGCUAAAUUCAGAAUUUUAGGUUGUCUCUGUUGUAAACUUUUCUCUCUGAUUUUUUUGCUAUCUUACAUUGUUGUCUUCCAUGAAAUAUUUGCUGAUGGGCAUGUUUGUGUGUUAUAUAUGUUUAUAAUAAAUGUGGCUGAAAACUA